UUUUUGUCAAUGCUGUUCAUCAACUUCUUUCUCUCCCUUUCUCCUCUCAAAAAGUAAAAAUGUCAAAGAUAGACAAGAUGAGCAUCCUGGGGGUGAGGAGCUUUGGGAUCGAGGAUAAAGACAAACAAGUAAUAUCUUUCUUCACUCCUCUGACUGUGCUGGUUGGACCCAAUGGAGCGGGGAAAACGACUAUAAUUGAGUGCCUUAAGUAUGCAACAUGUGGGGAACUUCCCCCUGGAUCUAAAGGAGGGGCUUUUGUUCAUGAUCCAAAGGAUGCCCAUGAGACAGAUGUGCGAGCACAGAUUCGCCUUUUAUUCUCGGAUGUAAAUGGAGAGAAAGUGACCAUCCAUCGCUCCAUGUCGUGCACUCAGAAGGCAAAGAACUACUCCUUUAAAAGCUUAGAGCAAGUUAUCACUAGAAUAAAAGACGGUGAGAAGGUGAGCUUGUCGUCUAAGUGCGGUGAACUGGACCGGGAGAUGAUUUCUGCCUUGGGUGUGUCAAAGCCUGUACUGAAUAAUGUCAUCUUCUGUCACCAAGAAGAGUCUAACUGGCCGCUUUGCGAGGGCAAGGCACUUAAAGACAAGUUUGACUCCAUCUUUGCUGCGACAAAGUAUAUCAAAGCUCUGGAGACGAUGCGCCAGCUGCGUCUAGCACAGAACCACACGGUCAAGGAGUGUCAGGUUGAGCUGCGUUAUCUGAAGCAGAACAAGGAGAAAGCCCAGCAGAUUAGAGAGACCGUGGACACCAAGGAGGCUCAGCUGACGGCCUCUAAAGACAAAGUAGAGAAGAUAGAGAGCCAGAUCGAUCCACUUGAGAAUCGAAUGAUGGACAUUGACACAAAAUUUGGGAAAGUGAUGAAGCUGGACAACGACAUCAAGGCUUUAGAGAGCAGGAAGAAACAAAUGGAGGCGGACAACCAGGAGCUGGAGGAUACAAUGGAACAGGUGUUUCAGGGCUCAGACGAGCAGCUGCAGGAAAUGUAUCAGAACCACCAGAGGACGGUGAAGGAGAAGGAACGGCGGCUCACAGACUGCCAGAAGGAGCUGGAGAGAGCUGGCCGAGAGUGCCUGCGACUAAACCGAGUCAAGGCUGAUCUCCUGGUAGAACAAGGUCGUCUUCAGCUGGAGGCUGACCGGCACACUCAAAACAUCAGGAACCGUGACACUCAGGUUCGCUCUUUGUCAUCCUAUCUGGAAAUGGAGGGAUACGACCGACCGCCCUUCACCACUCUUCAGCUUGAGAGUUUUCACCGUCACACCACUCAGAGAUUGGAGCAGGAAAAAGAGACAGCCAGUCAGGUUUUGACGGACCUGCAAGAAAAAGAGCAGCAGAAGCAACAGUCCAUUGAUGAAAUGAGGGACAAGAAGACUGGCCUGGACAGAACUGUGGAGCUGAAGAGAGACCUGCAGGCAAAGAAGCAGCAGGAACUGAGGAACAUCCGAGCAGAGCUGCAGAGGCUGGAGGAUUCGUCCACUCGCCUGCAAGAACUGGAGAAUGAAUUGGCUAAAGCAGAGCGCGAGCUGCAGAGUGCAGUGCAGAGUUCCAAUGUCGAGGAGCUCAAGGUCGAGGUUGUGGAGCUCCAGAGAGAAAAGGCUGAGCUUGAUCGUGCACAGAGAAGGCUCGACCAAGAAAUGGAGACACUCAACACCCACACCUCAACACGCACGCAAAUGGAGAUGCUGAAAAAAGACAAGACAGAAAAGGAGGACCAGGUGCGUAAGAUCAAGUCUCGUCACAGCGAGGAUCUGGUGUCGUUGCUGGGUCACUUUCCCAACAAGAAGGAGCUGGAAGACUGGAUCUAUGCCAAGUCAAAGGAAAUCAACAGCACAAGGGACAGACUCGCCAGACUGAAUAAGGACCUGGCAUCAAGUGAGCAGAAUAAAAGCCACAUUGCUUCUGAGCUGCGUAAGAAGGAGCAGCAGUUGUCCAGCGAUGAAGAGAAGUUCUUCAACGUGUGUGGCAGUCAGGAUCUGGAGCAGGACCUGGGCAAACUGCAGGAUGAUCUGGAGAAGAUAUCCAAACAAAGAGCCAUGCUAGCUGGAGCCACAGCGGUGUACACACAGUUCAUCAGCCAGCUGACAGAGGAGAGGGAGCCCUGCUGUCCUGUGUGCCAGCGGACUUUCCCAUCAGAGCCCGAUCUGCAGGAGGUUAUCAGUGACAUGCAGUCCAAACUACGCCUGGUGCCAGACAAGCUGAAAAACACUGAGCAGGACCUGAAGAGGAAGGAGAGGAAGAAAGAUGAGAUGAUGUCUCUCAGGCCUGUCAGGCAGUCCAUCGUACAGUUUCGGGAGAAGGAGUUGCCUGAGUUGAGAAACCGUCUGCAGACUGUGAACAGAGAAAUCGAGAGGCUGAAGGGAGACUUGGAGGAGCAGGAGACGCUACUUGGUACCCUGAUGUCUGAGGAGGAAACUGCCAAGGCAUGCCUUCAGGACAUAUCGCUCAUGGACAGAUACCUGAUUGACCUUAAAGAGGUGGAGAGGAAAAUAGCUCAACAUGGUGCCAAACUCCAGGGUGUAGACCUGACCAGGACCAUCCAGCAAGUUAGUCAGGAGAAACAAGAAACUCAGCACAGGCUAGACACCACCUCCAGCAAGAUGGAGCUGAAACGUAAACUGAUCCAGGACCAGCAGGAUCAGAUUCAGAUGCUGAAAAGUUCUGUGAAUGAAACAAGAGCAGUGAAGCUCCAGCUGAGCAGCGAUAUGCAGAAACAGCAGCAGCUGGAGGAGCAGAGUGUCGAGUUCACCACCGAGAUAAAGGACUUGACCAGGGACAUCAGGGAAGCAAAGGAACAGCUCUCCCCUCUGUCUGCUGCUCUAGAGAAGCUGCAGCAGGAAAAGCAGGAACUGAUGGAGCGCAAGAAACAGAGACAGGAAGAAGGGCAGGAGAAGAUCAAUGCCAUUAAAGACAGAGUGAAGGUGAUCACCACCUUGGAAAGAGACAUCACCAAAUACGUUGAUGAAGGCAAAAAUGAAUACAAAGAGCAAAAAGAGUCUGAACUUCAAGAAACCAACUCUCAGCUGCAUGAUGCUGAGAAGCAAAAAGAGAAGAUCAGUAAGGAGAUGGGAAACAUCCGUCAGGACAUAGACACUCAAAAGGUUAAGGAGCGCUGGCUGCAGGACAACCUGACCUUGAGGAAGCGUGUGGAGGAAUUGAAAGACGUUGUGGCCAAACAUGAGGCUCUUACGAAAGACAUGGGCAACAUGCAAGUCAUGCAGCUCCGCCAAGAACGACAUGAAGCAGAACGCAAACUGGAAGACCUGAAGAAAAACCGAAGUAUUGCACUGGGACGCCAGAAAGGCUUUGAGGAGGAGAUACUGCAUUACAAAAAAGAGCUGCGGGAGGAUCAGUACGACAAAGCUGAUGAGCGCUACAAAAACAAGAUGAUCAUAAUGAGGACCACAGAGCUGGUCAUUAAAGACCUGGAUAUCUACUACAAGGCCCUCGAUCAAACGAUCAUGAAAUUCCACAGCAUGAAGAUGGACGAGAUCAACAAGAUUAUCAGAGACCUAUGGCGCAGCACCUACAGGGGUCAAGAUAUCGAAUACGUGGAGAUCAGGUCUGAUGUGGAUGAGAACUCAUCUGCUGGAGUGAAGCGGAGGGUUUACAACUACAGAGUAGUGAUGGUGAAAGGAGACACAGCUUUGGACAUGAGAGGACGCUGCAGUGCUGGUCAAAAGGUGUUGGCGUCCCUGAUCAUCCGUUUAGCCUUAGCAGAGACCUUUUGUCUAAACUGUGGGAUCCUGGCUCUGGAUGAACCCACCACCAACCUGGACCGGGAGAACAUCGAGUCACUGGCACACGCCCUCGUAGAAAUCAUUAAGAGUCGCUCUCGCCAGCGUAACUUCCAGUUGCUGAUCAUAACCCACGACGAGGACUUUGUGGAGCUGCUGGGACGGUCCAGCUACAUUGAACACUUCUACCGCAUCCGUAAGAACCAGGACCAGAACUCGGAAAUCACAAAGUGCAGCAUCACGUCCCUCUCAUCGUAUCUCCACUGAGCAGAAACCUGACUCUUUCAACGUAGUUGGAAACAGUAAUCCUGCAUCUUCUGUGUUGGACAAGGUCAUAUUCAUUUCAUUGAGUUCAUUUCAGAAGGGUUUUUGAAGCAUGAAGAAAGUUUUAAGUCACUCCAUCCUAAAUUAACUUGAAAGUUAAUUGGUCUUCAAAUUAUUUAACCUCCACAAACUAAAGACACUAGCGAAACAUCCAUAGUCCAACGUGUGAGACUUAUAAUCUGCAUCACAACUUUGUUUAAUUACUCUCCUUCACAUAAAGGCCAUUCUCUGUCCUGUUGUUUUCUCUAUUCAGCUGGAAGGACAUUUAAAGAUUCGUACAAUGUUAAUAAUGUUCCUUUUUAAUGAAAAAGUAAAAGGUGAAAUUCUUACAAAAAUCUGUUGAUUCUAGUUCCUUCUGAACGUACCCUGUGAUCCGUCUCUUGCUUCGUGCCCCUUCAGUUGAUGCAAAUCAAAAACAUUUAACAAACUCACACUAAAAGUUAAAAUCUUCUGAUGUAAUUACACUAAAAUAACCUGAGUCAAAAAGCUAGUGUGUGUAAAUCUGUUCAUAAAUCAAGUGUAAAAACUUGAUGUUGAAGUUUCCAUUUAUAUUUCACUUUCACUUGUUUGUCACUUUGUGAGCUUCAUAAUGUUCUGUCAUUAAAUUCCUUGUGAAGGACAUAAGCUGUUCUAUACGUUGCUGUUAUUUUUUUUGACACUUCAGAGAAAAGUAGCUCAGUUUAGAUGAAGUUGCUCAUUAACCACCAAAUCUUAUCUCAGCGCAACUAUCUGAGGGAAAGCACACGUAGCAAAGGCGUGGGCAAAGCAAGUAUAAAUCUUAGUUUGGAGUCGAGAUGUCAGAAUGAGCUGCAAGUCUGACAAUAGAUCCAUCACUUCGAGAGCAUCUUCGAUCAGUUUCCUCUGGAAGUCGACAGCUAACGAGCAUCAUGAAGAUGACAAUGGUUCUGCUGGUGUCCAGUCUGGCUCUGCUGGUCAGCCCUGCUCACAUUGACAUACGCAAUAAGAUUAUUGAUUUGAUUUCAAAGAUUCCAGAGAAAAAGCCUGAGCUGCAGGAUCUGUUUGUGGACAAUGUGAAGGAACUGGAUAGUGACUGUGGGAACGUUUUCUUCUGCAAAGUGAAGAAUGUCGUGACACACCACAACAACACUGAACUGAAGGAUCUUGGUGACCAAUUGAAACAUUAUAUGAAACAUGUGAAGUGUGAAAAGGAACUUGAGGGCAUAAAAACAACUGGAAUCCAAAUCCGAUUAAAGGACUUGAUGACGGAUGUCGUGAACUGUAUGAAGAAGCUAAAUCUGAAUGUAGGAAAGAGUAAAACUGGCCAGAAUUGAAGCACCUGAAAGAAAAAAUCAAGGCAUUCAGGCGUGUGUCUUCUUUCCUCGAAAAGUCAUAAUUUAUUUUCAUAUUU